CCGGACGUAAACGCACGCGUUCCCAGAGCACACUAGCCAUCCGCGGCGCGCGCAGGCCAGAAGCAAGGAGGCGAGACAGAAAUGGCGGCGACGGCGGGGGAAGCAGCGUGAUAUGAUGGAGCAAUAAAACAACCUAAAAAUACAAAUGUCAGUCCAUUGUCGAGAAAAUGAAAAAGAUGUCGAAUUAGGCCGUAUUUUGUAAUAAUCAUUACAAAAAAAACUAACACCUUCCCCGGAGAACGUCCAUCUUCUGAUUGGAAAAGAGAAUCUCACAGGGAGCAUGGCUUCUCAGAGUAACGUUAACCAGUACAUCUUCGGGGAGUUCAGCCCUGAUGAGAUCAAUCAGUUCUUCGUGACUCCACGAUGUUAUGUUGAGCUUCCCCCCUUCAAGGACAAAGUCUCCUGCGUCAGUCAGUCUUCAGGAAGUUACUGCACUCCUGCUGUGCCUUACAUUACGGAGUCUAUGAGACGGCAGGUUUGCGGCGAAGACUACCAGCGCAUAGAGUUUGGUGUGGACGAGGUGAUGGACUUGGAGCCUGUGGGAGUGAAGGAUCCUCUCUUCAAGGUGUCCAGCACUCUGAACCCCCAGGCUCCAGAGUUCAUCCUUGGAUGCCAGCCAUCUCAGAAGGUCCCGCAGACAGCCACAGCCCUCUCUCUGGCAGCAGACGUCCCAGACGGAGCACAAUACAACUCACUGGACGAACCCGACGGCCCGGACGGACCUGAUGGCCCAGACUCUGAGCCCUCUGCCAUGGACGGCAACCAGAACUGCCAGGAUGGGGACGGGGGCCCGGGCAGCCUGGGCCAGCGGGAGAGGAAGAAAAAGAAAAAGCGCCCGCCAGGAUACUACAACUACUUGGAGGGCUCAGGUCCCAAUAGCGGUGGCAUGGGAGUGGACGGGCCUCCUGGAAAGGGGUUGGUGAAUGGACAUGUUCUUAGCGGCCCUCACCUCGGUUCGCAGGACAUGGUUGGUAAGGGGUUGUCAGGGGGUGGACUUUCCACCUCAGCCCCUGUCGCUACGGCAGCAGCGAAUCAGAGGACUUGUGAUAGCCCUGAUGAAUCGUCUUUAGACUUCACGAGUGGAGCUGCCUCUUUAUCAGAUGGUAAAGACGCGGCCUCCUCCUCUUCUUCCUCCUCCUCUCAGAGCAGUGGGGUGGCAGAGGGAGGCAGAACUGCAAAGCAGCAGCCUGAGAACAUGGCUCCAGAGAGCCCUGAACUGCUGGGCAGCGGUGGGCACAGCCCCUGCCCCACCUCCCCUCCUCCCCCCUCGGUUGCUGUGGCCAGCCCUCCUGCCACCAUUGCUACUGCUACUACUGAAGAAGAAGAGGAGGAGACUAGGGACAGUGGGGUGGCUAAUGGGCUGGCUGAGCCCCAUGCUGGCAUCAGUGCAGACAGACACAAGGAGGCCUCUGAGAUGUUGGAACAGCCCCAGCAGCAGUCCCCAGCUCCCUCAGUGGAGCCUGCUUCCUCCCCAGACUCUGAGGCCCAGCCGGCGGUGGCAGAGCAGCCUAAGUCGUCUGCCCCUCCGGCUGCGCCCGCUGCUAACCCCCUCAAAUCCUGGGCUAGCCUCUUCCACAACUCCAAGCCUCUGCCUGGAAGCCCUCAGGCCUAUGUGGAGGUGAAGAAUGUGGUGGAGGUCGUGGCUCCCUCCUUGGCUGCUGUGGAGCAGCAUGAGAAGGCUGGGGAGGUGAAGGAAAGCCCUGUCCAUGUAUCAGAGGAUCCCAUGGCCCCUAAACUUGCAGAACUAAUUGAGAAUGUGAAGUUGAUACACAAACCAGUGUCUUUGCAACCAAGAGGACUGAUCAACAGGGGAAACUGGUGCUAUAUCAACGCUACAUUGCAGGCCCUGAUUGCUUGCCCCCCCAUGUAUCACCUGUUUAAGUCCAUUCCCCUGUUCAAUGACACCCAGAGACCCUGUACUUCCACACCCAUGAUGGACAACUUUGUAAGGCUUGUCAAUGAGUUCAACAAUAUGCCUGUGCCAUCCAAAGCCAAGCAGCAAGCUGCUGGUGAAAAGAUAAUAAAAGACAUUCGACCAGGUGCUCCUUUUGAACCCAACUACAUCUACAGACUCCUCACCCUCAUCAAGUCGAGUCUCUCGGAGAAGGGUCGACAGGAGGAUGCAGAGGAGUACCUGGGUUUCACCCUCAACGGACUGCAUGAGGAGAUGCUGGCUUUGAAAAAGCUAAUCUCCCCUCAGGAAGAGAAAGCCCCCACACCCAACGGCCCAGAGUCCCAGUCAGGUGUGGAUGAUGCUGCUGCUGAUAAGGAGGAGGGGAGCGAGGACGAAUGGGAGCAAGUGGGCCCCCGAAACAAGACCUCCAUUACCCGUCAAGCUGACUUUGUCCGCACCCCUAUCACUGACAUAUUCGGAGGGCACAUCCGGUCGGUGGUGUACCAGCAGAACUCUAAGGAGUCAGCCACCCUGCAGCCCUUCUUCACCCUGCAGCUGGACAUCCAGUCAGAGAAGAUCCGCACCGUUCAGGAGGCCCUGGAGACCCUGGUGGCACGGGAGUCAGUUCAGGGCUACACCACUAAAACCAAGCAGGAGAUUGAGAUCAGCCGGAGAGUGACCCUAGAGGAGCUCCCUCCAGUGCUAGUGCUCCAUCUCAAGAGAUUUGUGUUUGAGAAGACUGGAGGCUGUCAGAAACUGAUCAAGAACAUUGAUUACCCUGUAGACCUGGAGAUCAGCAAAGAUCUCCUCUCUUCAGGGGUGCGGAGCAAAAUUUUCAAAGGCCAAAGAACCUACAGGCUCUUUGCAGUUGUCUAUCACCAUGGGAACAGCGCUACAGGCGGCCAUUACACCACGGAUGUCUUCCACAUCGGUCUGAACGGCUGGCUGCGCAUUGACGACCAGGCAGUGAAGGUCAUCAACCAGUACCAGGUGGUGAAGCAGACUGCUGAGCGCACUGCCUACCUGCUGUACUACCGUCGCGUCGACCUGCUGUAGACACCACACACGCGUACAUGCACACGCACACAGAGGAACACUCAUUUUACACAUUCAACUACACAUACACACUCCCACUACAGACAUACACACUCAAGUGCACAUACACAUGCAUACAUUCAAACACACCCACACACACACACAAACUAAUGAACAGGAACACUGCCCAACUUCUUCUAUUGCAAGAUUUUCUUCUUCCUCCCCCUCAUCCCUGCUUUUCCAGAGAGCCAGCUUUUCCAACAAUGCCUUUUUUCCUUCUCUUUUUUGAAAGAAUUAGGGGGAAAAGGACGCGUUGUAAAAUAAUUUCCCUGUGAUGGCUUCCUCUUCUCUGUGCGCCACUGCUGUUUUUUUAAUGCUGCGAGGAGAGACUGUUGAAUGGACUGAGGGGAGGGGACUUUGAGACUCGCCUCUGAACCUACAGCCUCGUUCAGACUGGGAACAGUGGGUAGUUCGUCCUGUGGGUAAAGUAUCUAUCUACAAAACGAGGCUGCAGAUGGACGGUUGGCCUGCUGGAGAGAAGUUGUAAUUUUGUUUAUCUACUCAAAUGUUUUUUUGUUUUUUUUGAAAAUGGCAUAAAAUAAUCAGUUUUGCCUUUUAGCAAGGGGAGUUGUUGUCCUAAUGAAUUUGCAGCAGUUUAAACACCUGUUGAAAUUUUGCCGGAGUUCGUCGGAAAAAGGCCCAGCACCAGCAAACGACAAAACGUUAUUGGAUGAGUCUCUAACUCCAGAGGCAAGAUGCUCUUCAUGGCCACCAUCUCUUCUUACUUCUCCACCUUCCUCACUUUUCUGAUGCUUUUAAAUCUAGGUAAAACUUGAGCCAUCAAAAAAUAGAAAAAAUGACAGGAGAAGAGAUGCUGCUACAGUGUGCUGAAACUAAACAGCUUUGUUUGAAAGAACCUUGUGGUUUCUGGGUGUGGAAUUAGAAUGACGAUCUAAAACAAUUUUAAUGUGCUUUAGGAUUUAAAUGAUGAUUUAAAAAAAAAAAAAUAAAGCUUCUGUGCACGUAUAAUAUAUCUGAUCAAUAACAAGAUGUGGAUGUGCUAAUGCACACUUGCAGAUAUUUUAAGAUUUAAAACUG